AAUUUGAUAAUUAAAUUCAAGAUAAAACUGAAAUUCUUACCCACUAGAAACAAGUGCUGCUCUGUUUUGUUGCUGUUGCUUGGUUUGGUGGAUGAAGGAGAGGAAAGUGUUGUUGCUCUGUUUGAUGGAUGAAAAAGAGGAAAGUGCUAUUGCUCUGUUCGAUGGAUGAAAAAGAGGUUGUUUCUACCCAUUGGGAAGGAGAGGAAGGUAAGCAAUAGAUGCUGCUCUGUUCACUGUUGCUGCUCUGUUAGCUGUUGCUACUCUGUUCGGCUGCUGCUAACAACCAAUUGGGAAGGAGAGGAAGGUAAGCAAUAGAUGCUGCUCUAUUCGCUGUUGCUGCUCUGUUCGGCUGCUACUUUAUUCGGUGAGGAAGCUACUGCUGUUCAGUGGCCGGCAAGGAAGUUGAGUCGUGAAGGGCUGGAAGAGGCUGUUGAUGGUGGUGCUGCUAUUGGUCGGUGGAGGAAGAGAAGGAAGAUGUGCCGCGAAGGGCUGGACAGGGCUAUCGACGGUGGUGGUUAGGGGUAGGGAGGUCGAUGGAGGAAGGAGAUUUGCUGUGUUUCGGACCUUUUGGUGUCUUUGAGUUUGAAAUCUAAAUUCUUUCCAUUUUCUGCACAGUGUUUUGGAAUUUGGGCUGUCGACUGAUUUGUUUU